UCAAACUUUUUUUUUUCUUUUUCUGCCUUUGCCAUUUAAUUGAUUUCUAGCAGGCUGUUUCAGUUUAUCUUGGUUUUGCUGUCCUGUUUUGCUUCCAUUAAGAGAAGAGUCCACAAGAUAAUCUGAGUUUAGAAGCCAUCUAAUGCCUUAAUGGCUUGCCAGAUAUAUUGGUUGAUUUUGAUGGGGCUUUUCUGUGUUAGCUGCGAAGUAUCUGAGCCUGUAGAUACGAUGUGCACUGAGAUUAUAGCCAACAAAAGCUAUAGCUGUGAAGAUUUAGGACUGAGAGAGAUUCCUGAAAGACUUCCAGCCACAACAGAAACCCUUGACUUCAGCUUUAAUUUGCUUUCUUCCCUUCACAAUUCAACCUUCAGCAAGCUAAAGAAUCUGAUAUAUUUAGACUUAACAAGGUGUCAGAUUAACUGGGUGUACGAAGGUGCCUUUCAAAGCAAUGCUCAUCUGAACAUUAUUGUCUUGACUGGAAAUCUACUCUUGUUUCUGGCUGACACAGCAUUUGUUGGCCCGCAGUCUCUGAAGCAUCUCGUCUUAACUCAGACAGGUCUAACCAGUUUAGCAUUUAUUCCAAUGCAGAAUCUGGAUAAUUUAGAGACUUUUGACUUGGGCAGCAAUCACAUCUCCUCACUGAAGUUCCCUCCAAGCUUUCCCACCAGAAACCUCAAAUACCUUGAUUUUCAAAUGAACAACAUACAAAGAAUAGCAGCAAAAGACACAGAUAUUCUGCUGCAGACAAAGAAUUUAACUCUGAUCUUGAAGGGCAAUGAUAUUAUGCACAUUGAAGCUGGGGCGUUCCAGUCCAAUUUAUUUUACAGCUUGGACUUUGGAGGUUGCAUUGACAUUUCUGUGGUUUUAGCAGGGAUGCAGGAUACCAGAACCCAUACUCUUUGGUUGGGGACAUUUGAGGAUGCAGAAGAUGGGAUUCCCAUAAACCCUACUAUGCUACGGAACCUGUGCAAUAUCUCUGUGGUGGAUAUCAGUCUGCAAAAGCGGCAUUUCCUUCAUUUGACUGCUGCCACAUUUCAGUGUUUGAACAAACUUCAAAGGCUGGAUCUGACUCAUACCUACAUCAGUGUGUUACCUCCUGACAUCAGUGGCAUGAACAUGUUGGAAGAAUUAAUUCUCAAUAGGAACGCCUUUAAGCACAUUUGCAACAUUAGCUCCACCGCCUUCCCCUCUCUCACCCACCUGUAUAUCAGAGAAAAUGCUGAGAAUCUGGAUUUAGGCUCUGGCUGUUUAGAAACACUGUCAAAGCUUCAACACCUGGAUUUAAGCCACAGUUGCAUAGAAAAUUUAGACUGCUGCAGCAACCAGCUAAAAGGCCUGAGUGGAUUACAGCACCUGAAUCUGAGCUACAACAAACAGCUUCAGCUCCAAGAUUUGGCCUUUAAGGAAGGUGCUAACCUGGAGCUCCUGGAUUUAGCUUUUACACGUCUUCACAUCAAUGCUUCCCAGGGUCCUUUCCGCAAUCUGCAUCUCUUGCAUGUCCUGAACCUUUCUUACUCCUAUAUCGAUACCAACAUUCAGCACCUUUUACAGGGGCUGCAAAACCUUUUCCUGUUGAACCUUAGAGGGAAUACGUUUCAGUCAGGGACCAUUCCGAAUGAAAAUCUCUUUCGCCAGGUACCCGGUUUAGAGGUGUUAAUUUUAUCAUUCUGUGAUCUGACAGCUGUACAAAACCAAGCAUUUCACACCCUCAAGAAGCUAAAGCACGUUGACCUGAGCCACAACAAGCUUAUUGCAUUCAGCACAGAUGCCUUUUCCAAUCUCAAGAGCAUCUAUCUCAAUUUUGCCGAUAAUAGGAUCCAUAUUAUACCACGUGACAUGUUAACUAACUUAUCCGGCCAGAGUAUAAUCAAUUUAAGUUACAAUCCACUGGAAUGCACCUGCUCUAAUAUUGGUUUAAUAACUUGGUACAAGCAGAAUAUGGAUAAAAUUGAAGACCCUGAAGGGACAGUGUGUUGUGAGCCCAAAGCUCUAGCAGGUGCUAAGCUGUCCACUGUAACACUCUCCUGUGGGAUCAGCGUUGCAGGAAUUGUUUGCACUGUGCUGGGUUUGAUGUUGCUUGUUGCUGUUAUCUUGGUUUGGGUCAUACGCUUUUUAAAGAGAAAUUACCAACAACUCUAAGUGAAAGGUGGCUCCAUAACAGUCAUUUUUAAAUAAAGGAAGAAAGGACAGUUACUAGACAGACUCUGAAGAAAAGGUAAUUGCUCCUACUUGUUGCUUUGUUCCUGGGCAAUACGCCUUUUAACCUUAGUAUUGCACGCCCCAUUCUCAUUCUUAGCAACUGAUUUAAGAAAAAUUACUAUAAAAAACAAACCAGGGCCAGAUCCUGUGAAGAACUUUAGCCACAAAAGCAACACAGUAGGGUCCUGAUCUAUGGCAGGGGCUCCUAGGCUCUCUGGUAAUACAAAUAAUAAUAAUAAUAAUUAGUCCCACUGAAGUCUGCCACUAGUCCUCAACUAUAAGCUAGCACUGGGGCCUCAGGCAGCUGAGUGAGCUAGGAGGAAAGCGGGGAGAAAUGAAGUGGGAAUACUGGUUCCCCCAAAUGAAUGAGCUGCUCUGAAGUCAGAAUUUAGUGCUAUCUGAAUGGCUGAGGCAAUAGCACGGCUGGUCCUGCACACGUGGUUGCUCUAAAAGAAAAUUAGACUGGCCUCUUUCCUGGUCAUUGUUCACUGUAUCACGGGGUGUAGGUGAGAUGCAGGGCCUUAUUUCUUGCCCUCAAAAGUGCGGGGCAAGGGUUUGUGGGGAAUCAGGGGCAGCUUGUGGGGGGAAACUAGGGGGAAAUCAAGGCAAUCUGUGGAACUUUGCAGUCACCGGCCAGAAGGGAACCUCUUAUCAGGGAAUUUCUAGGCACAAUAGUUCAUGUCUUGUCUACUAGCCUGUCACCCAUAUCUCUUCCAUAUUAACCCCUUCUUCUCCCUUGGCUCCUGGCCACUUCCUUUCCCACCAGUAGCCCCUCACCUUUUCCUCAAUAGCUCCUGUCACCCCUUUCCACCUCUCCCCCCACCAUUUCCCCCCACAAGCUGGUAUCCCCAGCCGCAGCUCAACCCCCCUGCUGUGGUACUGACCCUGCUGCAGCCAGUUCCUCCCCUCUGCUGGGCCUGGAAAAGCAGGAGGAAUAGAGCAGACAGAGAGGUUGUAGGAACAUGAGCGAGGGGGCCAGUAUGUGUGUCUCUCACAGGACCCUUAUGCAUUUUGCAGUAUUGAACAUGUGAUGAUUUAAUGAAUAAAUAUUGUUUAUUUUCUCCAUAUACUAAUUGUGGAGCAUUUGUAACAGCAGUUGUGACAUUGACAAUGCACCUUCACAGCUGGGCUUGUACGGGGGCAAAUAACUGAGCCAACAAUGCAGCUGUGAUUUGUGAAAUGCAGUAAUAAUGACAGCCAAAGCCAGGCUUUUCCUGAAAGUUGAUGGCCAGCUGUUUUCAAUUCCUCUAACUGCCAGGAAGUGCCCAAAGCUGGAGGUCAUUACUGUUCAAAUGAGUCACUCUCCUCAGAGCAGAGAAGUCCUGUGGAUCCUUGUCUGUAAUGCCCUUUACUGAGGGGCUAGAGAGGACUCAAUCACUCACAGGUUAAUUUCCCAGCCCAGCAGAAGCCCCAUCCCACCUCCUGGCUCCUGCUUUCACUCCCCAGGCAAGCAGCACCCUUCCCUCUCCCUCUAAGGACGGACCAGGGAGAGCUAAACAUGUUUACUUGUGGCUCAGCCCCCACAACUUCCCUGCUUCUGGCAUAUUGCAGGUUCUCCCAAUUCAACCUGCCUCCCAUCUACUGGUUCAUGGACUGAGGGAGGGGUCAGGAACAUGCAGCUAAAAGAUGGGUCAUGUCAAGAGGUCAGAUCAAGUGAAGAGGGAGGGAGAUUCCUGUGUGGGGACCAUUUCCACCCAAACCUCACCUUGCCAUUCAAGCAGCCAGAAAUUCUCCUUGCUCCCCAGGAUCACUCCCCAGCUGAAUGGUCACAGAUAUCACAGUUAUAUGUCGCACUUACAUACACCUCCACCUCAAUAUAAUGCUUACCGUAUUAUAGGUGAAACCACAUUAUAUUGAACUUGAUUUGAUCCACUGGAGUACGCAGCCCCCCUCCUCCCCGGAGCACAGCUUUACCGCGUUAUAUCUGAAUUCGUGUUAUCUCGGGUGGCGUUAUAUCGGGUUAGAGGUAUCCUUUUGUCGAAGGAACUCAGAGCACUUUGCAAAGGUAGGUUAGUCACACCUUCCCUUGACAAAUGCAUGAACGGAGGCAGAGAGGUCUGUGAACUGGCCUCAGGUCACAUAAUGUGUCAGUGGAAGAGGUGGGGAAAGCACCCACAUACCAUGAAACCCAGUUUUUCUUCUCAGUUUUGGUUUCAAUGCUCUGCAGUGCACUAUUGUAGUGGCAUGGGAUAGUUACUCAAGUACCCAGGGUCCGGAGCAGGAUUGUAUUCAGAGCCUCUAGCCCCUCCCGCUUCCUGCACCAUUGAGGCUACUCUGCUAUUUUUAGUGCUCUAGCUUGAUCAAAGCUGAUGCACGUACAUCUACCAAGCUGAAAUUUACACUUCCAACUCAAGUGUAGACGUGGCCACAGAAAGAAUGACCAACUAGCACACAAGAAAGGAAGACCUUAGGGAAUACAAGAUGAUAUUCAGUCCAGGAUCAUGAAUGUGUAUUUGCAACUCUUGAUAUAU